AUGGUGUGUUGGGAGCAGCUCGAUAACACUGUAGUCAGUCACGUCAAGUCUGUGUCUUUUCGUUACUUGGUCAAUCGCUUCAGUCUGGUCAACAAAAGUCUUACCAUUCCAAGAGAGCAGGCCCUGGUCUUCAGUAACUUCCCCUACCUCCUGGACCACCCUGAUAACUGCAAAGGCCAAGAUGUCCUGCUGCUUCUCUUUGUUAAAACUUCCCCAGAGAACAUUCAGAGGAGACAAUCCAUCAGAUCCACCUGGGGCAAUCAAAGCUACAUUGCAGAGACACUUGGCGUCACUGUGAAAGUACUGUUUGUUUUAGGUGCCCCAGGGGUCUCGGACAGUGACAGUUUUGGUCCACAAGAGCAAUUGGAGUUUGAAGACAGCCUUUACAGUGAUCUAAUCCAGCAGGACUUCUACGACUCUUUCCACAACUUGACCCUGAAGCUGCUCAUGCAGUUCCACUGGAUGCACCACCACUGUGCUCACGCCCGCUUCCUCAUGUCUGCAGAUGACGACGUCUUUGUACACAUGCCCAACCUUGUGCAGUACCUCCAGGACAUGAGCAAUAAAGGGCCCACUGACCUCUGGGUUGGCAGAGUGCACAGGGGAUCCCCACCAGUGCGGAGCCGAAGUAGCAAGUACUAUGUACCCUAUGAUGUGUAUGAAUGGCUGUCAUACCCUGACUACACAGCUGGGGCGGGGUAUGUGGUCUCCAGUGAUGUGGCAGACAAAAUCUAUCAUGCCACCUUGACUUUGAAUGCAUCACUUUUUAUAGAUGAUGUGUUCAUGGGGAUCUGUGCCAAUGCUGUGGGUGUGUCUCCUCGAGAGCAUGUAUUUUUCUCUGGCGAAAGCAAGGCUCCGUACCACUCUUGUAUCUACAACCAAAUGAUGACCUCCCAUGGACAUGUGGAGGAUAUUCAUGAGCUCUGGAAAGCUGCCACACACCCAGUGGUAAUGACGAAAUCCCCAGGGCUGAUGGGAAGACUUUACUGCACAAUUGUCAAAGUAGCUCUGCUCUGUAGACCUUACUAUGUAAACACCUACCCAUGCAAAGCAGCCUUUUCAUAG